AUGUACGCGGGACGCAAGAGGAGAAAACCGGUGCAGAGAGCGGUGAAGCAACCUCCAGCUGAAGGCUCCAAGUCCAACCCGUCCAAGCGGCACCGGGACCGUCUGAACGGGGAGCUGGAGCGUCUGGCCGGACUGCUGCCGUUUCCUGAGGAGGUGACGGCCAGUCUGGACAAACUGUCCAUCCUGAGGCUCAGCGUCAGCUACCUGAGGGCCAAGAACUUCUUCUCUGUCACUAUGGAGACAAACGCCUGUGGCUGGUUUAAAGGACUCGCCCUGAACAGUCGGAACAGAGACGACAAGUCAGGAGGAACCGAUGGAAAGAUCCCAGAGGGAGAACUUCUGCUGCAGGCUCUCAACGGCUUUGUUCUGGUCAUCACCGCCAGUGGAACCAUCUUCUACUCGUCCCACACCAUCCAGGACUACCUGGGCUUCCACCAGACUGAUGUGAUGCAUCAGAGCGUCUAUGAACUGGUCCACACUGAGGACCAGCAGGAGCUCCGGAGUAACCUCCACUGGGCUCUAAACCCUCCAGCUAUCCCGACUGCCAUUACCCAGGAUUCACCACCAGACGUGGAGCCUGACAGCAGCUCCUCUCUGGUCACCUACAACCCAGAACAGCUUCCUCCAGAGAACUCCUCCUUCCUGGAGAGGAGCUUUGUCUGUCGCUUCCGCUGCCUGCUGGACAACUCCUCCGGCUUCCUGGCUCUGAACAUCCAGGGACGGUUAAAGUUUCUUCACGGUCAGAACCAGCGGCAGGAAAACGGAGGAAAAGCUCCGCCUCAGCUAGCGUUGUUCGCCAUCGCCACUCCUCUGCAGCCUCCGUCCAUCCUGGAGAUCCGAACCAAGAACAUGAUCUUCAGAACCAAACACAAGCUGGACUUCACGCCGCUCGCCUGCGACGCAAAGGGGAAGAUCGUGUUGGGCUACACUGAGGCUGAACUGAGGGUUCGAGGUUCCGGUUAUCAGUUCAUCCAUGCUGCAGACAUGUUGUACUGUGCAGAAAACCACGUCCGGAUGAUGAAAACGGGAGAAAGUGGUCUGACGGUGUUCAGGCUCCUCACCAAGGAGAACCGAUGGAAGUGGGUCCAGGCCAACGCCAGGCUGGUCUACAAGAACGGAAAACCGGACUACAUCAUUGCCACCCAGAGGCCUCUGCUGGAUGAAGAAGGAGGUGAACACCUGCGUAAGCGUUCCAUGCAUCUACCUUUCACCUAUGCUACAGGUGAGGCACUGCUCUACCAGUCCAACCAUCCCAUCGCCGGCUUCAGGGACGGAGGUCCAGAGAAGAACGGCAGCAAGUCCAAGAAGAGUCGGACGGACCGGCUGGUGAGGGACGGCGUGGACCCCGGCUCCCUGCUGGGGGCGCUGAUGAGCCAGGAUGAGUCGGUGUACGUCUGCCAGCCAGCCCUGGAGCCCAAGAUGUCGUUCCACAGCAGCUUCUUCGGGGAGCAGAUGGGGUUCUCUGACCCGGACCCCUCCAGCCUGAGGAGGAGCUGGGACGAGCCGGCUAACGGGGCGGUACCUCCAGGCGUCACCGAACCUGGAACCAGCUUCGACCCGCUGCUGGCCACCCUAGACUCGCUCUCUCUGGAGGGUCAGGGGGUCAUGGAUGCUGAUGAGGGUGGCUGUUCCAACGGGGACCUGUUCGGAGCUCUGGAGGGUCUCGGGCUGAGCGCUGAGGACCUGGAGCUGCUGCUGCUGGACGAACGGAUGAUCCGAGUGGAGAUGGACCCGGAACGAGUGCCGACGCUGGACGACCUGCUGACGAAUGACGAGAUCCUGUCCUACAUCUACGACUCCAUCGAGGGGAAGACCAACUCUUCGGACCACGGAGGUCAGGCACCUCCCAGCACCUCCUCGGUCACCUCCUCCACGGCGUCGCUGCCUGGAAGUAACCCCCCACCCGAUGCUAACAUGCAGAUGCAGUUUCCUCACUGUAAGCCUCCUCUGGUGGGGCAGACUCCCAUCGUGCAGCUGUCACAGCAGAUGCAGCAGCACCUCAGCAUGCGAACUGCUAAAGUGUCGCACGACUGGACCCUGCAGGGCGACCGGCUGGCCAACACGUUAGCUAACAGAGACCUGCUACAGAACCAGCCGAUCCCCAACGGACAGUGGAUGGCGCAGGGCAUUCUGGCCACCGCAGGGAUCCAGCUGGAACACUUCAACACUCCGCAGACUGUUUUCAGCGACAAGACCUCGGACCUGGACCUCCAUCAGCAGCACCAACACUACCAGCCCCGGAUCCAGAACCAGCUCCCCCAGCAGUGCCAUCCCAAACAGAAGGCCAACCUCAAUGGAGUGAGCGGCCUCUCUGGAAGGGAGCAUCCGGCAGGAAAGUCCCAGUGGCAGGACUUCGGGUUCAACGAGAGUCUGGGCGGCACUUCCUGUCUGGACGACAGCCAAAAACCUCUGACAAACACCUCACUAGAGUCAUGCAUGGAUUAUAGCGUGCCCGAGAUUGACAAUGUGGAUUACACUGUGGGCGGAGGGGGUUUGUUUGGGGGGCAGCAGCAGGCGGCCGAGGCAACGGUUUCGUCCUUCCAGGGGAUGAGCCACAAACGGCAGCCGGAGCAGAUCCCGGUACCGCUGGCCCAGGUUCUGUCCAGCCUUUCACAGUGUCCGCCGCCCAACGCCUCCCUGGAACAGAUCCUGGGGGUGGGGAAGCCCUGCAGGCAGCUGGACCACUACGGCAUGGUGGCCUCCGAGAUCCAACAUGACCCCAACCAUAGUAAGAUGGAGAACGGCUGCAUCCUGACCACUUCCUACCCGUCUGGUUGUUCUUUACCCAACAGUAACGGACCAGCGCCACCUGCUGUCCAGCUGCCUGUACCAGAGACUCUCCCGAGCCUCGCCGACCCGCCGGCCACCGGCUUCUACCUCUGACCUCCACCAGAGACCCACUACUGACUGCAGCAGCCUUACAAACCCAACAACACAACAAACGUGCUGUUCCUUUCAGUUCACAGCCGUCGGAGGGAUUUUAGUCGAAUUAUCAUAUUAUGAGUUCUUUGUUUACAAUAAUGCAGUGAAGAGUUCUCAGUUUAUUUCAACCUAAAUGUGAGUUAUUUUAUAGAUCUGUGCUCAGAUACAUCGCAAAACACCCGUUAGAAAAUACUGCAAAUAGAGUGUUUCAUGAAGGAUUUGAUUAUAUUUGGUGCAACAUGAAGAAGAAAAUGUGAGAUAAAACCAGAAAUGUCCUCAUCUGCUGCUUUUCUUUGACUUUUGUUAUCACAAUAUAAAGAGAUUUUAGUCAGUCAAGAUGUUUUAUGGGUUAAAAGAGGGAAAAAAGCAGCAGAUUUAUGGAUAAUUAGCAUCAUGCAGUUUCCACCUCAUGAAUGUAGAAAGAAAAAAGGAGAAGCGGCUGGACACCAACUUACUGCACUUCAAAACCUGUGAAAUGUGAUGAAAAUAUUUAAUGAAAAUUAAUCAAAACUGGCCCAGAUUUUCCUAAAAUGUAUGCUAAAUUAAUCAAAAUUUGUCCAAAAAUAAUCAAAAUUUGUCCAAAAAUAAUCUAAAUGUGUCCAGAUUGACCUAAAAAUUUAGAUUUAAUUCAUCAAAAUUUGACUAAAAACAUCUAAAUUUCAACAAAAUGAUUCAAAAUAUCUUGGAAAAAAAUGUGUUCAAAUUUACCCAAAAAUGUGUCCAAAAUGACUCCAAGUUUAUAAAAACCAAAUCUGAAUUUGAACUAAAAAUGCAUAAAAAUUUGGUUAAAAGUUCUCAGAAUUUCUCUGUAAUAAGAAAUUGGCCAAAAUUCUCAAUAUUUCGUCCAAAAUUAAUCUACAAAUGUCAAAAAUGACUCAGAAAUUUUAAAAACAAUCAAUCAAUGUGACAAACGUUAGUCCAAAUGACCUAAAAUUUCUACAAAAUAUAUCAGAAUUAAUGAAAAUUUGAACCAAAAAUGCUGAAAAAUUGGGUCUAAAGUGACUCAGUUUGUCCAAAAUAAGUCACUGACAUUGUCAAAAAAUAAUCAAAUUUUGUCCAACAUUUUAAUAAAUUUGAGUAAAAUUACUUAAAACAUGAGUCAUAAACUGUGUCCCUUAAUGUUAUUUAACAUUAUUUAUGUAAAACGGGACCUUUCUCAUUAUUUUCAGUCAGUUAAAGGACAAAACAAGCAUCAGAUUUGUUUCUAUUUAAGUUUCCGCCUGACGAACGUCCAAAAAUCAGCAGAAAGUCCAGAAACUGUCGUACUGCAGCUCAGGUUCUCCUCCAGAUGUUUGCUUUGUAUCUGAUCCAGACCCACUCUGGUCUCCAGAAUGUAAACCUUUCAGCUGUUUCUCUGUUGGAGGCUUUUCAGCGCUGAGAUUAAACCUGUAGAAAACCUGGAAGUCCUGGUUAGAAACUGGUCCUGCACUUUAUUCUGCCUCCUCCACUUGAAUUCUUUGUUUUUAUUCUUCCUUCUCCUUUAAAGAUUCGAGGAUUCAUUCUCCGUAUUUAUUCAUGUCCUGCAACACGUUUCUUGAUUGUUGUACAAAGAAAGAAAAUAUAAAUCUUCAGAGGGAAUCUAUAAGUCAUUUAGUGUGGAGGAUUUAAAUAACUGGAGGUUAAAUUCAUCCUCAUCUCAGAUUUCCUCCUCAGACAUCAGAGUUUUUUCUUGUUUUAAAAGAAGAUUCUGGUUCAUUUCCACCUGCUGAGUUCCUGUUAAUGUCUCUAUAAUAACUUUCUCUGUUUUCUUUGUUUUAGAUUCAAGUAAACCAGAAAAAUCCCAAGUUUUCUCAACAGAAAACCAGAUUUUUACAUGAAUUAUUUUUAGUUUUCAGUCUGACUGAAAGGAAACAAACUUGAAUCUCCAACAUCUUCAUCCAACCGCUUUGUUUUCUGAUGUGGAUUCUACAAAAUAUCUCCAAAUUUGUCCAAAAUAACUGAAAUUUGUUUGAAAAUUCAUCAAAAUUUUCCCAAAAUGACCCAAAAUCAUUCAUUGUCCUAAAUAAAUCAAGAUUUACAUUUUUGUAAAUAAUUAUUCAAAAUUCAUCCAAAAUGAUUUUUUUAAAUUGUUCAAAAUAACUGAAACAUUCAAAAACUGUCCAGUGACAAAAGUUUUCCAAAAUUUUGUUUGUCUAAAACGACAGACAUUUAGAAAUAUUUAAACUGUCCAGAAAUUAAUCCAAAUUUGAUCCAAAAAUGUUUUAAAAAAUUACAGAAAAUUUUUAAAAAGUAUCCAGAAUUGUUUAAUAUUUGUCCAAAAUGACAAAAAUGUCUUAAGAGUCAGUUGUUUAAAACGAUUGAAACAGUGACUCAGAAUCAUGUUGAAAGUGGCAACAACACCAAAAUAAAAAAAAUCUAAAUUAUUGAACAUUUGACCAAAAUGACAGAAACAUUAAAAUAAAAACAUGUCAGAAAUUACUCAAAAGUCAAAAUUUGGUCCAGAAGGAUUUGAUUUUUUAUUUUUAUUUUUUAAAAAGAACACAUCCAAAAUUGCUGACAAAUUAUCAAAAAUAAUUUUGGAAAUUUGUCCACAAUUCAGAAUUUGUGCAACAAAAACAUCCUGAAAAUGGUCAGAAAGUUUUGUUAAACAUGCAAGUGACUCAAAAAUUGGUUAAGAAUUAAACAAAUUUGUCCAAAAUUACGAAAUAAUUGGUU